GAAAGCGGGUAUCGGAUUUUCUUGCAUAGAUAUUAUACAGCGCUAAUUAAUCAGAGCCUACUGCUUAGUAUGUUUCCGAUGGCUUCCAUGACCUCUGAAACAGCUUCUUCUUCUUCUUCUUCUUCUUCUUCUUUGCCUCAACGGGAAUACCAAUACGAUGUUUUUCUCAGUUUUAGAGGCGAAGACACCCGCAACAACUUUACGAGCCAUCUGUACGCCGCUUUGGAUAAAAAAGGAAUUAAGACCUUUAGGGACAACGACGAACUUGAGAGAGGAAGACCCAUUCGGCCAGAUCUCCUGAUAGCCAUAGAAGAAUCGAGGUUUUCCAUCAUCAUUCUCUCAAGAAACUAUGCGUCGUCGACGUGGUGCUUAGAUGAACUUGCAAAGAUUGUUGAGUGCAUGAAACAGACGAGGCUCACAGUUUUUCCUGUUUUCUACGACGUGGAUCCCUCUGACGUACGCCAAGCUGGGAGGGGGAGUUUACUCGUUCAUCAAAAAAUGAAACAAAAAACUGGGACGGGGAGUUUUGCGCAGGCCUUUGCUGAACAUUCCAAGGAGAACAGAGAGAGGGUGCAAAGAUGGAGAGAUGCUUUGAUAGAAGUGGCCGAUGCAUCCGGAUGGCAUGUAAAGGACAGGCCCGAGGCAGAAGUUAUUGAAGAAAUUGUUGUGGAGAUACUUGAUAAAUUGAAUUCUAUAGUUCGGAUGAUUGUUUCUGAUGAUAUUUUUGGCAUAGAGUCUCGUGUAGACAAAAUGUUGAAUUCAUAUUUAGGUAUAGGGGUGGAUGAUGUUCGCUUUGUAGGAAUAUGUGGUAUGGGCGGAAUUGGUAAAACAACUCUUGCACGUGCUAUUUAUGAAAGAAUUACUUGUCAAUUUGAAGCUAAUUGCUUUCUUGCCAAUGUUAGAGAAGAAGCUGGAAAAAAUGGUCUAGUUGCUUUACAAAAACAACUUCUUUCCAAUACUAUCCAAACAAAAAGCAGUAUUAAUAUACAAAAUGAUUACGAGGGAGCUAAUGUGAUCAGAAACAGACUACGUUGUAAAAAAGUUCUUAUCAUUCUUGAUGAUGUGGAUCAACUUGAACAAUUACGUGCAUUAGUAAAACAUCGUUGCUGGUUUGGUGGAGGGAGCAGAAUCAUCGUAACAACUAGAAACAAGCGUUUGUUGAUUGAACAUGAUGUGGCCGAAGAUGGAAUAUAUGAGGCUAUGGGAAUGAAUUACAAUGAAGCACUCCAACUCUUUUGUCAGAAAGCCUUCAAGGAAGACAGCCCCCCUAAAGAUUUUGUGGAGCUGUCCAAGAAGUUUUUAAAUUACGCUAAAGGCCUUCCUUUAGCCCUUGAAGUUUUGGGUUCAUCUUUGUAUCAAAGAAGUGAAGAUGUAUGGAAAAGCAUGCUAAGAAAGCUAAAAGAAAUCCCUGAUGAGAAAAUCCACGAUAAACUUCAAAUAAGUUUUGAUGGACUCUCAGAUUUAGAGAAAAAAAUAUUUUUAGACAUUGCUUGUUUCUUCAAGGGGGAGGACAAAGAUCGUGUGGAAGAUAUACUAGAGAGUUUUGGUUUCCACCCAAAAAUCGGUAUAGAUAAUCUCAUUAAUAAGUCACUUAUAACGAUCUCAAGUAAACGAUUGCAGUUGCAUGAUUUGUUAGAAGAAAUGGGUCGAGAGAUCGUUCGGCGUGAAUCUUGUGAAGAGCCUGGCGGACGUAGUAGAUUGUGGCUUUGGGAAGACAUCCAUCAUGUGCUGACGAAUAAUACAGUAAGUGGCAAGUAGAGAAUAUAAGCUAGUAUUUUUGUAUAUAUUUUCUGCACUUCUAGAUUUUAAUAUAUCUUUCACUAUACCAAUUCUUUCUUUUUGGUUAUAUACCAGGGAACAGAAAGAGUUGAAGGCAUAGCCCUAACGGAUGGUCCACCUAUAUUA